UAUAGAGAGAGAGAGAGAGAGAGAGAUUUAGAGAUGGGUUUUAGUGAGAAGCAAGAAGCAUUGGUGAAGGAAUCAUGGGGGAUAAUGAAAGAAGACAUUCCUAGUCUCAGUCUCUAUCUCUACAUACAGAUAUUGGACAUAUUCCCGGAGGCAAAAGGAUUAUUUUCAUUUCUAAAAGAUACGGAUGAAAUUCCCCAAAAUAACCCCAAGCUCAAGUUCCAUGCCGUCAAAGUUUUCAAGAUGGUUUGUGAGUCUGCAAUUCAACUGAGGGAGAAAGGAGAAGUUGUAAUAUCUGGUUCCACCCUAAAAUCUCUGGGAUCUGUUCAUCUUCAGAAAGGAAUUGCUGAUCCUCACUUUGAGGUGGUGAAGGAGGCAUUGCUGAGAACAGUAGAAAAGGCAGUCGGAGAGAAAUGGAGUGAAGACAUGAAGCUUGCUUGGUCUGAAGCUUAUGAUCAAUUGGCUGCUACCAUUAAGACUCAAAUGACCAAAGAAGCUGCAGAAACCCACCUGCCUAAUUAACCAUUAGUUAUAUAAUAUUCAUAUAUGAAUAUGAGAGAGAGAUGUUCAUAUGGAUAUGUAAUAAAAACGUCUUUGAAUCACCGUCUUAAUGUAUCUUCAUGUCUGCAACUUUAUCUUUAUCAUCGGUUUUCUAAA